AGAUGGCGCUGGAAGGUUCUUGUUGUGCGCACGGCGGCGGCGGCGUGGAGACCAGGCAAAGGGCGGUGACCGGCCGCCGGGAACCUGAGGUAAAGGAGCUAUAAAGAUCGAUCGGGGGCGGUGUCGAUCGAGAGAGCGAAGCGGCGGCGAGAUCGAUCGAUCUUUAGGUUGCGAGGGCAGCGGAUCGAUCGAUUCCUAGGUUCUUGGAGGGGCGCGGGGGGAAAGAUUUUAGGUCAGGCAGAGAGCGCGAGCGCGGAUCUCUCUAGAUGCCGAGCUCGGAUGUGUCGUCGGAUGGGUCGGAGCUGGCUGCAUUGCUCGGCGAUGGCGGCAAGGGGUCGCCCAAGGUGAUCCCGCCGCCCAAUUUCGGCAUGGUGGACUGGGGCAUCUACAGAUCGUCCUACCCCACGGCGGAGAACCUCCCCUUCCUCAAGAAGCUGCGCCUGCGCUCCAUCGUCUACCUCUGCCCGGAGCCCUACCUCAACCACGAGUUCGUGGCGGAGAACAAGAUCAAGCUCUUCCAGUUUGGGAUCGAGGGCAAGUGCGAGCCCGCGGUGGAGAUCCCCGAGGGCGUGAUCCGGGACGCGCUGCGGGUGGUGCUGGACGUGGAGAAUUACCCGCUGCUCAUCCACUGCAACCGGGGCAAGCACCGCACGGGGGUCCUGGUGGGCUGCUACCGCAAGGUCCACAAGUGGUCGCUGGCGUCCAUCCUGGACGAGUACGAUCGCUACGCGGGCGCCAAGGCCAGGCUCCGGGACAAGCAGUUCGUGGAGGCGUUUGAUGCGUCGCGGAUGCAGCGCAAGGGGCAGAUCUGGAAGGCGAUCAGCUGGUGGCUGCGGGCGUUUUGCGACGGGCAGACGCUGCAGGAGCUCAAGUCGCUCGAUUCGCGGGAGAGGGAGAUCGAGCGGGCGCACGGUCACAACUGCCGGAACUCGUGCUGAAAGUUUUGAGCUCGAGUUUGCUCGAGCACUCCAGCAAGAGACGUCUUGUCCA